AUGACAAUCAUGGCAAGGCUGAUAGUCCUCGCUAUUUUCAUUUUAACUGCAUUUUCCAUUGCCUUGGCAGCCCCUACAGCUAAAAAGCGUGAUAUUGUCUAUGAGGUCUUCCCCAACUACCUGGUUCCCGCAGUGCAGGCAGUCUCAGGCACUGCGUACAGCACACAAAACACAGGCCAUAUAAGCUACAGUGGCAAUGAUCUUGACAUGAACGAGACAACGAUGUUUGUUGGCUUCGAUAUCCCGGCGAAUGAGGCAACAAAUUGUGUGGUCAAGUUCAUGUUGCCACCGCCAUCGAUUCCUUGGGGAUAUGAGUGGAAAUCUCAGGGAAGUGGGAGGUUCGAUGUGUAUCUAGUUACAAGCCUCAUUGUUCCUGGAGAGCUCAGCUGGGAAAAUAGGCCACAAAGAUAUCAGCUACCAGUGUUCUCGGUGACUCAACCUAUAGAUGGUGGAGAGGCUAUUGUGGACGGACCUAGUGUCCGGUGCUUUAAUGGUCAGAGGAUGGACUUUGAGCUUGUUGCGACCCGUGAAAGCGGUUCCAUGGGGCUCGACUGGUUCGAGCUCGAUAAUCCAAGGACUGGAAUAACGAUGGAGAUGUCACUGUAG